AGUAUAAACCUGUUUUGUGUACACAGGUCUGAACAGGACUUGUGAGCUGCUGAACUGACGGACUUCAUGGAAAUAAAUUCAGUGUUUCUCUGCUAUGGAUCAGUGUGAGGACAGAGAGGAGGGAGUCCCUCCCUCUAAAAGCUCUCUGUGUGGGGAACAUGACAGCCAGACCAAAGCUCAGAGCCCAGAGCAGCAGAGACCAGACUCUGCUGGACCAGAACCCACGAAGUCCAUGGAGACAGCUUCAGAGUUUAAAGGAGAACAUCCUGCUGAGACUCCGGUUCAGCAGCAGAGACCAGACUCUCCUGUACCCAGCUGUGUGUCCAUGAAGAGUGACUGGUCCAUGGAUCCACCUUUUAAUUUUAAAGGAGAACUUCCUCCUGAUACUCAGGUUCAUCAGCAGAGACCAGACUCUCCUGUACCCAGCUGUGUGUCCAUGAAGAGUGACCAGUCCAUGAUUCCACCUCUUAAAUUCAGAGAUGAACAUCACUCUGCUGAACAAAGAAUUCAGCAGCAAAGGUCAGAGGUUCCCAGUGAUCAGUCUGUCCAGCAGCAUCCAACAGACCCGGACUCCAUAUUUAUGCUUCUUGAGGAGAACAUUGUCACUUUUGUGAAGAAUGAACUGAAGAAGAUCCAGAAUGUUCUGAGUCCAGAUUACCCAGAAUGUUUAGAGAGGCACAGUGAGUAUGAGGAGGUGCUGGAUGAUGAGGAGAAAGAGCAGAGGAGGAGCAGCAGAGACGCAUUUCUGAAGAUCACACUGCACUUUCUGAGGAUAAUGAAGCAGGAGGAGCUGGCUGACUGUCUGCUGAGCAGAACUCGUGUUGCAGAGUGUCAACAACAAAUCAAAUCUAAGCUGGACAAGAAGUUCCAGUGUCUGUUUGAGGGGAUCGCUAAAGCAGGAAACCCAACCCUUCUGAAUGAGAUCUUCACACCGCUCUACAUCACAGAGGGAGGGACUGCAGGGGUCAAUGAUGAACAUGAGAUCCGACAGAUUGAAACAGCAUCCAGGAAACCAGUCAGACCAGAAACAACAAUCAGACGAGAAGACAUCUUUAAAGCUUCACCUGGAAGAGAUGAACCAAUCAGAACAGUGAUGACAAAGGGAGUGGCUGGCAUUGGGAAAACAGUCUUAACACAGAAGUUCACUCUGGACUGGGCUGAAGCCAAAGCCAACCAGGACAUACACUUCACAUUUCCAUUCACUUUCAGAGAGCUGAAUGUGGUGAAAGAGAAAAAGUACAGCUUGGUGGAACUUGUUCAUCACUUCUUUACUGAAACCAAAGAAGCAGGAAUCUGCAGGUUUGAAGAGUUCCAGGUUGUGUUCAUCUUAGACGGUCUGGAUGAGUGUCGACCUCCUCUGGACUUCGACAACACUGAGAUCCUGACUGAUGUUACAGAGUCCACCUCAGUGGAUGUGUUGCUGACAAACCUCAUCAGGGGGAAUCUGCUUCCCUCUGCUCGCCUCUGGAUAACCACACGACCUGCAGCAGCCAAUCAGAUCCCUCCUGAGUGUGUCGACCUGAUGACAGAGGUCAGAGGGUUCACUGACCCACAGAAGAAGAAGUACUUCAGGAAGAAAUUCAGACAUGAGAAGCAGGCCAUUACCAUCAUCUCUCAUGUUGAGACAUCACAAAGCCUCCACAUCAUGUGCCACAUCCCAGUCUUCUGCUGGAUCACUGCUACAGUUCUGGAGGAUGUGUUGAAAAGCAGAGAGGGAGGAGAGCUGCCCAAGACCCUGACUGAGAUGUACAUCCACUUCCUGGUGGUUCAGACCAAACUGAAGAACAUCAAGUAUGAUGGAGGAGCUGAGACAGAUCCACACUGGAGUCCAGAGAGCAGGAAGAUGAUUAAGUCUCUGGGAAAACUGGCUUUUGAGCAGCUGCAGAAAGGAAACCUGAUCUUCUAUGAAUCAGACCUGACAGAGUGUGGCAUCGAUAUUAGAGCAGCCUCAGUGUACUCAGGAGUGUUCACACAGGUCUUUAAAGAGGAGAGAGGGCUGUACCAGGACAAGGUGUUCUGCUUCGUCCAUCUAAGCCUUCAGGAGUUUCUGGCUGCUCUUCAUGUCCAUCUGACAUUCAUCAACUCUGGAGUCAAUCUGCUGGCAGAAGAACAAAAAACAGCCCUGCGCCCUAAACCAGAGAGAAACAAAACAAAACUGACACAUCUCUACCAGAGAGCUGUGGACGAGGCCUUACAGAGUCCAAAUGGACACCUGGACUUGUUCCUCCGCUUCCUCCUGGGUCUUUCACUGCAGACAAAUCGGACUCUCCUACGAGGUCUGCUGACACAGACAGGAAGUAGCUCACAGACCAAUCAGGAAACAGUUGAGUACAUCAAGAAGAAGAUCAGUGAGAAUGUGUCUGUAGAGCGAAAAAUCAAUCUGUUCCACUGUCUGAAUGAACUGAAUGAUCGUUCUCUAGUGGAGGAGAUCCAACAGUCCCUGAGAUCAGGAAGUCUCUCCACAGAUAAACUGUCUCCUGCUCAGUGGUCAGCUCUGGUCUUCAUCUUACUGUCAUCAGAAAAAGAUCUGGACGUGUUUGACCUGAAGAAAUACUCUGCUUCAGAGGAGGCUCUUCUGAAGCUGCUGCCAGUGGUCAAAGCCUCCAACAAAGCUCUGCUGAGUGGUUGUGAUCUAUCGAAGAGAAGCUGUGAAGAUCUGGUUGAAGUUCUCCGUUCCCAGUCCUGUAGUCUGAGAGAGCUGGACAUGAGUAACAACGACCUGCAGGAUUCAGGAGUGAAGCAGCUCUCCUAUGGACUGGAGAGUCCACACUGUAACCUGGAGACUCUAAGCCUGUCAGGAUGUCUGAUCACAGAGGAAGGCUGUGCUUCUCUGGCCUCAGCUCUGAGCUCCAACCCCUCCCAUCUGAGAGAGCUGGACCUGAGCUACAAUCAUCCAGGAGACUCAGGAGAGAAGCUGCUUUCGGCUGGACUGAAGGAUCCAAGCUGGAAACUCGACACUCUCAGACUGGAUCAUGGUGGAGAGCAGAGGCUGAAACCUGGUCUGAGGAAAUAUACCUGUGAACUCACACUGGACACAAACACAGCACACAGAAACCUCAAACUGUCUGACAACAACACAAAGGUGACGGCAGUGACAGAGGAACAGCCAUAUCCUGAUCAUCCAGAGAGGUUUGACUACUGGUAUCAGCUGAUGUGUACAGAAGGUCUGACUGGUCGCUGUUACUGGGAGGUUGAGUGGAGAGGAAGAGUUUAUAUAUCAGUGAGUUACAGAGGAAUCAGCAGGAAAGGAAAUGGCACUGACUGCAGGUUUGGAGGAAAUGAUCAGUCCUGGAAUCUGAGAUGCUCUGAUGAAGGUCGUUACUCUGUCUGGCACAAUAAGAAAAAAACAGUCCUCUCCUCCUCCUCCUCCUCCUCCUCCUCUGUCUCUAACAGAGUAGCAGUGUAUGUGGACUGUCCUGCUGGCACUCUGUCCUUCUACAGAGUCUCCUCUGACACACUGAUCCACCUCCACACCUUCAACACCACAUUCACUCAGCCUGUGUAUGCUGGGUUUAAGGUCUGGGGGUCCAGUUCCUCAGCGUCUCUGUGUUCACUGUAGGAGGAAGAGUCUUCUCCUGUGUGGAGAAACACUCACACUGAUGACAACCACAAUAAUUGAAUAAGAAAUAUUUUAGUUUUAGGUUUUCUUUAUUAUUGUUUUCACACAAUGUACCAAUCAUUCUACUUUGUAAAAAUAUGAUUCCACAGUUUUUGUGAAUUGAUUUGCU